AUGGUUUCCCCGUUGUCCAAGCCCAGCUUGCCACCUACUACUUAUUCCACUAAAGACGCGGUUGAAGGUACCUCGGUGAGCGGAGGUCCUAUCGGCCCUGCUUCGGGACUCGAUGUUGCUGAGGACCUCGCUUCAAGUACGGAAACGAUCGGCUACACGUUGACGCCUAAUGUCCUUGACAGUUCUGCUGCAAGUGACGAGCCAAUUGAGGUCGGAGAAUCUGCUACAACCACUAUUCCACAGAGCUUUGCGUUGACGCUUGAUGUCGUCGACAAUUUUGCUGCAAGUGGCGGCCCUAUUGGGGCUAUUCCGUUGCCUAUCACUCGAGUUGAAACACCUAUAGUUGAUGUAACGACCGCGGUUGGUAUGAUCGCUGGACUUUAUCAGCGGAUCGCAUCCCAACAGGAUCUUGUGGAUAGCUAUCGCGAUCUGGAGCAAGCGUUGCGGGAGCAAACUCGGAGGGGUGAUCGACUAGAACGGGAACUCCGUUCUCUUACCAAGUCGGCCUCUCCUUUUGUGAUCUUCGCUCAAACUCGUUGUGACCGCUUUCGUCUGGAUUUGAAAAAUGCACUCGCUGAAGUCGCCUUGCUUCAGGAGACAAUUCGCGCGGGGGAUUGCUACGAGCAGCAAGUUAGCGACCUAAAGUCAAAACUUCUGAAAACGACCCGAUCACUUCAUACGUUUAAAGAACGUCAUGACCUCGAGCUGGCUUCCUUGCGACGGCACAUAGAUGAAGAAAACGCUCGAUUUCAAGCCGCACUCUUGGAGGCCAAAUCUAAGAGAGCCAGGUACAAGGCAGACUGUAUCAAGGCUCAGACCACGGUUCGCCACCUGCAUGCUGCUCUUGCCUCUGUAUCAGUGGAGCGCAGUCAAUAUCGGGAUAAUCUGGCUGAGUGGGAAGCUGAAUAUGACUGA